CUGCUGCCUGGCCAGCGAGAGGACCUGAGGACAGCCUGAGGUGAGCAGCUCCCCCGCCAUGAAGACCUUCGUGAUCCUCGUGCUCGCAGCCGUCCUGUGGGCCGACAGAGCUCAGAGUCUGCGAUGCUACCAGUGCAUGAUUACCUCCGAAGACAGCACGUGCCAGGUGGCCACCUGCCCCUUCCCCCAGGGGCUCUGCGUCACCCAGGAUGUGGAGACCGCUCAGGGUUCUGUGAAAGUGAAAAUGAAGAACAAAUUCUGCGCCCUUACCUGUCCCGAAGGGAAUUUAGAGGGGAGCAUCAUGGGUGCCAAUGUCGUCUCCAAGAUUGAUUGUUGCGAUGGGGAUCUGUGCAAUGCGGGGGUCCCGGUGGGCGUCAGCGCCUGGACCCUGGCCGGGGGGCUCCUGCUGGGCCUGGGCCUGGUGCGCCUCUUCUCCCUGCCGUGAGGGCCCCUCUUCUCCCCCCUCAUCUGGCCUCUUCUGCCUCAGAUUGUAAGCCCGGAUUUUCAAACCCACACUUC